GAGUUCACAUCCGUCAAAAACAAACAGGCAAACAUUACAGUAAGUCUUUCAUCCAAGAACAGGGGAUGCUUUCCAAAGUUUUCAUUGUAAUCCCUGCGUGAAAUGGUGUCUUCAUUUUUGUUGCCUGCCCCACCUUCCGACCAUGCCCUUCCUAGAAGCUGCUGGGGGGCUCCUGCUGCCUUUAGCCCAGAGUAAAAGAAAGAAAAUUUCACUCACAAAAUGAAGAGCCUGACAAUUAUAUUUGUCCUAAUCUUUUGGACUGAAACACUGACAGAUCAGAGCCCAGGGCCAGGCCCUGAGUAUGCCGAUGUGGUGUUUCUGGUGGACAGCUCCGACCACCUGGGAACUAAGUCCUUCCCAUACAUGAAGACAUUCAUCAAUAAGAUGAUCAACAGCCUCCCGAUAGAGACCGAUAAGUAUCAUGUGGGCCUGGCUCAGUAUAGUGAUAAACUCCACACAGAAUUCCAGCUCAACACCUUCAAGAGCAAAGGCCCCAUGCUGAACCACCUCAAGAAGAACUUCGGGUUCCUGGGUGGCUCCCUGCGCAUCGGAAACGCACUCCGGGAGGUACACAGGACCUACUUCUCCAAUGGAAGGGACAGGAAACAGUUCCCCCCAAUCCUGGUGGUCCUGGCUUCCGCCGACUCCGAGGAUGCUGUGGAAGAGGCCGCUGAGGCCCUGCGCAAAGAUGGAGUGAGGAUUAUCUCUGUGGGGAUGCAGAGGGUGUCCGAGGAGACCCUGAAGGCCAUGGCCACGGGCCAGUUCCACUACAACCUCCGAACAGUCAGAGACCUCAGCGCCUUCUCCCAAAACAUGACGCAGGUCCUCAAGGAAGCAAUUCAGUACAAGGAGGGUGAAGCUCACACUGAUAUACAAGGCCCCUUCCUCAGGGCCUGUGAGAAAGAUUCGCUUGCUGAUGUCAUAUUCCUGGUGGAUGAGUCUGUCGGGACCAGUCAGAAUUUAAGGAACCUGCAGAACUUUCUGAAAAAUAUCACCUCUUACAUGGAUGUGAAAGACAAUUGCCUGCGGCUUGGACUUAUGAGUUACAGUGACAGAGCCGAGACCCUUUCUGUUCUGAAAUCAAGCACAAGCCAGGCUGAAUUUCAGAAGCAAAUCCAGAAGCUUUCCUUGCGGGCUGGGAAGUCCAAUGUUGGGGCUGCUGUUGAGAAGAUGAGGAGAGAAGGCUUCUCAGCAUCAAGUGGCAGCAGAAGGGCGCUGGGAGUUCCUCAGAUUGCAGUCUUGGUCACUAACAGGCCAUCAGAUGACGAAGUGCGUGAGGCCACCCUGAAUCUCCGGCUGGACGAUGUAACUGUGUUCGCCAUGGGCAUCCACGGGGCCAACAAGACCCAGUUAGAAGAAAUAGCGUCUUACCCUCCAAGACAGACAAUCUCCAUGCUAGAAUCCUAUGCAGACUUGGGAAAUUAUACUAACAACUUCUUGAAAAAACUCCAGAAUGAAAUAUGGUCCCAAAUUUCGACUAAGGCUGAACAAAAGGAACUUGAUAAAACUGGCUGUGUGGAUACAAAAGAGGUUGAUAUCUAUUUCCUCAUUGACGGCUCAGGUAGCAUUAGGAGUGACCACUUUGAGCAAAUCAAGAAAUUUAUGCUGGAGGUGAUAGAAAAUUUUGACAUUGGCCCAGACAAAGUCCGAGUUGGAGCUGUGCAAUAUUCUGACACGAGAGAAAAGGAAUUUGAUAUCACUGACUACACUACUGAUGAGACAUUAAGAAAGGCUAUUUCUAACAUCAGGCAACUUGGAGGCGGCACUUACACCGGGGAAGCCCUGGAUUUCAUAUUACAAAUAAUAAAGAAGGGAAGGGAGCAGAGAAUAAAUAAGGUACCCUGUUACCUCAUUGUGUUGACUGAUGGGAUGUCCAUGGAUGACGUUCUGGAACCAGCUGAGAAACUAAGGGCUGAAAACAUUGCUGUUCAUGCAAUCGGCAUUGGGGAGGCUAACAGAACACAACUGCAACAAAUUGCUGGAAAAGAAGAAAGGGUCAGCUUUGGGCAGAACUUUGAUUCUUUAAAAAACAUAAAAAAUGAAGUUUUGCACAGCAUCUGCACUGAGAAAGGAUGUGAAGACAUGAAGGCUGACAUCAUGUUUCUGGUGGAUAGUUCUGGCAGUAUAGGACCUGAAAAUUUUAGGACAAUGAAAAGCUUCAUGAAAAACCUGUUAGCUAAGAUUCAGAUUGGUUUGGACAAAACCCGAAUUGGUGUCGUUCAGUUCAGCGAUGUUACGAAGGAAGAAUUCAAACUUGAUACAUACUUUACACAAAAAGAAAUUUCUGAUGCCAUAGAGAGAAUGUCUCCCAUCGAGCAAAACACUUUGACUGGAAAGGCACUAACUUCUAUAGAGCCGUACUUCACCGAGUCCAAGGGGGCCCGAUCAAUGGUCAGAAAGUUUCUCAUCCUUAUCACGGAUGGAGAAGCCCAAGAUGAUGUGAGAAACCCAGCAAAAGUUCUUCGGGACAAAGGUGUGGUCAUCUUCGCUGUGGGGGUAUUCAGGGCCAACAGGACUCAGCUAGAGGAAAUCAGUGGGGACAGCAGCCUGGUUUUCCAAGUUGAGAGUUUCAGUGAUCUACAGGAAAUAGAGAAUAAACUCAUCUUCCGUGUGUGCGCUCUUCAUGAUUGUAAAAGGAUUAAAGAGUUAGAUGUUGUGUUUGUGCUGGACCAUUCAAGCAGCAUCCAACCCCGAGACCAAGAAAGCAUGAUCAACCUCACAAUGCAUUUGGUGAAGAAAUCGGAUGUCGGCCCAAACAGGGUUCAGUUUGGAGCUCUCCGAUACUCCAAUGAACCUGAUAUUAUCUUCUACCUUAACUCAAACAGAUCAGCCAUCAUGGAGUAUCUGAGGUCACUCAGUGCCAAAGGAGGGGAUACCUACACCGCUAAGGCUCUGGAACGUGCCAACAUCCUGUUCACGGAGGAACAUGGCAGUCGAAUCAAGCAAAAUGUGAAGCAGAUGCUGAUAAUCAUCACAGAUGGGAAAUCCCAUGACCAUAUUCACCUCAGUGACAAGGCUUCGAAGUUAAGGGCCAAAGGCAUCAUCAUCUACGCUGUGGGUGUAGGAGAGGCCAACCAAGAAGAACUGGAGACUAUGGCAGGGAAUAAACACUAUACUAUCCAUGUCAGUAAUUUUGACAGUCUGAAAGAUGUUUAUCAGCCUCUGCAAGAGAGUAUGUGUACCAAUGCCCAAGAGAGCUGUAGCAUUUCAGAAGCUGACGUGAUUUUCUUUUGUGAUGGCUCUGACAUGGUUUCUGAUUCAGACUUUGUUACCAUGACAACCUUCUUGUCCGACUUAAUUGAUAAUUUUGACAUUGAGUCUCAAAGGAUAAAAAUUGGGAUGGCCCAGUUUGGAAGCCGCUACCAGGAAAUUAUUGAAUUACAAAACUCUCUGAAUAAAACGCAGUGGAAGUCUCAAAUUCAAACGACCACCAAGAGCAAAGGGCUUCCACGAAUGGACUUGGCCCUUAAGAAAGUAAAGUUUAUGUUUGAGCAGUCUGUUGGUGGAAGAAGAAACGCUGGUGUCCCUCAGACUUUGAUGGUUAUCACAUCUGCGGAUCCCCGGCAUGACGUGGCUGAGGCAGUGAAAACCCUGAGAGAAAGUGGCAUUUGUAUUAUGGUCUUGGGCCUAGGAAAUGUCCACAAGGAACGGCUCCUGCCGAUAACGGGAAAUUCUGAAAAAAUUAUCACUUUUCAAGACUUUGAUAAAUUAAAGAAUGUGGAUGUGAAGAAAAGAAUGGUCCGUGAAAUCUGCCAGAGUUGCAGCAAAACCAACUGCUUCCUGGACAUUGUGGUCGGCUUCGACAUUUCCACUCACCGGCAGGGGCAGCUGUUGUUCCACGGCCACCCCCGGCUGGAAUCAUAUCUCCCAGGCAUCUUAGAGGACAUCACCUCCAUCAGGGGCGUGAGCUGUGGGGCAGGAGCAGAGGUGCAGGUGAGCGUGGCCUUCAAAGUGAACAGUGACCAGAAUUUCACCACCAAGUUCCACAUCUACAAGAAAACAGUAUUUGACAGGCUACUGGAACUCACCGUCAAUGGAGCAACUCACCUGAAUGCACAGUUCCUGCAGUCCAUGUGGGCCACGUUUAACGACACAUCUGCAUCCCGAGGACAGGUGCUACUCAUCUUUUCAGAUGGCCUUGGGGGUGAAAGCAAAGCAAUGCUUGAAGAUCAAUCGGACAGGCUCAGAAAAGCAGGGCUUGAUGCUCUGCUGGUGGUGUCCUUAAAUGCACCCAUUCAUAAUGAGUUUUCCAGCUUUGAAUUUGGAAAAGGAUUCGACUACAGGACUCCAUUGACCAUUGGGACCAGAGAACUGGGCAAAAUGCUAUCACAGUAUCUGGGUAACAUUGCAGAAAGGACUUGCUGCUGUACAUUUUGCAAGUGUUCAGGGACUCCAGGCCCUCCAGGGAUCCGAGGACCACAAGCAUUGAAGGGUUUUCAAGGUCUGAAAGGCAGCAGAGGGCACAGGGGAGAGGAUGGAGACCCUGGAAUACGAGGAGACACUGGACCCCAAGGAAGUAGAGGGAUCACAGGAUGUCCAGGGGAGCGAGGUCUGAAGGGAGCCAAAGGAUUUUCUGGAUAUAAGGGAGAACGUGGAGAUGAUGGGGUUGAUGGACUCGAUGGGGAAGAGGGCUUCCAUGGGUUUCCUGGAAAAAAAGGAGAAAAAGGUGAUCAAGGAUCCCAGGGCAGCCCAGGUUCCAGAGGCCCCCCUGGGGGAUAUGGGGAGAAGGGCUUUCCAGGAGAUCCUGGUAAUCCAGGACAAAACAAUAACAUCAAAGGACAAAAGGGCUCCAAAGGAGAACAAGGAAGACAAGGUAAAACUGGCCAGAAAGGAACACAAGGCAGUCCUAGUCCCAAAGGAAGCAGGGGAAGAGAAGGCCAGAGGGGGGUCCAGGGGCCCUCGGGAGAACCAGGGAACCCUGGACCUGAAGGUGCACCAGGAACCGAAGGAUUCAUAGGCCUCCAGGGGCUACAUGGACUUCCUGGCAGAAAAGGAGAGAAAGGAAGAGAGGGGCUCAAAGGACCUCAGGGUGCUCCUGGGCCAGCAGGAGAUAAAGGGAGUGUUGGAAGGCCUGGCCUUUUGGGGAGAAAGGGAGAGCCUGGAAUUCCUGGAGACCCAGGGCCAGUGGGUCCAACUGGACAGCGAGGAAAGCAGGGUGAUUAUGGCAUCCCAGGCUAUGGUCGUGUGGGAAAAAAAGGAGUAAAGGGCCCAAGAGGAUUCCCUGGAGAUAUAGGGCAAAAGGGAGAUGUUGGUGAUCCUGGAAUUCCUGGGGGGCCUGGACCCAAAGGAUUUAGAGGAUUAACAGUCACUGCAGGCUUGAAAGGUGAAGAAGGCUCUAAAGGACCCCAGGGCCCUCCUGGACGGAGAGGCCCUAAAGGCAUGGCAGGGCAGCCAAUAUAUUCCCAAUGUGACCUAAUCCAGUUCAUGCGGAAUCAUAGUCCUUGUUGGGAAGAAAAGUGUCCAGUGUAUCCAACGGAGCUAGUAUUUGCUCUGGACCAGUCCUACGAUAUCACAGAGCAGAGAUUUAAUGAAACGAGGGACAUCAUCACUUCUAUUGUCAAUGACCUUCACAUCUGGGAAAAUAACUGCCCUGUGGGAGCAAGAGUUGUCGUGGUUUCCUACAACUCAGGUACCAGCUACCUCAUCCGUGGGUCUGACUACCGUAACAAGAAGCAGCUCCUUCAGCUUCUUUCCCAAAUAAAAUAUCAGAACUCCGGAGAAGUCCGAGACAUGGGUAAUGCGAUGAGGUUUGUGGCCCGGAAUAUCUUCAAGCGGACAUUUUCAGGACCCAAUGUGCGGAGAGUUGCUGUGUUUUUUAGCAAUGGACAAGCUACCAGUAGUUCGUCCAUCAUCACAGCCACCAUGGAGUUUAGUGCCCUGGACAUCAGUCCUGCAGUCUUUGCUUAUAAUGAAAGAGUUUUCCUUGAUGAGGCUUUUGGGUUUGACAACACUGGAACAUUUCAAGUGCUUCCUGUUCCUCUAAAUGGAGAAUAUGAACCGUUAGAAAAACUUCGGCGCUGUACCCUUUGCUAUGAUAAAUGUUUUCCAGAUGCCUGCAGCAAAAAGAUUUUCUUACCUGAAGAUACAUAUAUGGAUGUAGCCUUUCUCUUAGAUAAUUCUCGGAAUAUAGCAAGUGAUGAGUUUAAGAAUGUGAAAGCCUUGGUGAGCUCAAUGCUUGAUAACUUUGACAUUGCUUCAUACCCUUUAAUCUCCGACUCUGGUGAUAGGAUUGCUUUGUUGAGCUAUUCUCCUUGGGAUAGGAGAAAGAAGGAUGCAAUAAAAACAGAGUUUGAGUUUACAACUUAUGACAAUCAAGUUCUAAUGAAGAACCACAUUCAGAACUACCUCCAACAGCUAAAUGGAGAAGCCACCAUUGGCCAUGCCCUACUGUGGACCAUGGAGAAUCUCUUCCCAGGAACACCCAACCUGAGAAAACACAGGGUCAUCUUUGUGGUCUCUGCUGGAGAAAACCAUGAGAGAAAGGAAUUCUUAAGGAAGAUGGCUCUGAGGGCCAAGUGUCAAGGCUAUGUCAUAUUUGUGAUUUCCCUGGGCUCUACACAAGAGGGGGACAUGGAGGAACUAGCCAGCUAUCCACUUGAUCACCAUCUGAUACAGCUUGGGAGAACUCAUAAACCAAAUCUGGAUUAUAUUGUGAAGUUUUUAAAGCCAUUUGUAUACUCAGUUAGACGAGGAUUCAAUCAGUACCCACCACCAACGCUUGCGAAUGCCUGCAGACUCAUCGAUUCAGAAGAGGAUAAUCCAAACACUGGUCUCCUAUUUGCCUCUGAGGCACAUGAGAUUUCUUCGGGAGAAGACAGCUUCUUAGGCCAGGAAUUAAGUGCCGCAAAAGAUUCACCUUUUGUGAUGGAGGACAGUGGAAAUGACCAUUUGAUUUAUACUCCAAGUCAAAAGAUUGUGCCACAGAAAUUAAUGACCAAAUAUGAAAAAUAUCAGGAUUCUGAAGUUAUUGCAAGUCUCACUUCUGAACAUGAGACUGGUGGCAGAAGAGAAGAACCAGGUCUUACUUCUGAACUUAGAGAUGCUUCUCUUCAAGAAUAUUACAUGGAUGUGGCUUUUCUCAUAGAUGCUUCCCGAAAAGUAGGAAAUGAUGAGUUUAAGGAAGUGAAAGCUUUUAUAUCCUCAGUGCUUGAUUACUUUCACCUGGCCCCAGAUCCACUAACCUCCACCUUGGGAGACAGAGUGGCUGUCCUGACCUACUCUCCUCCAGGCUAUAUGCCCAACACAGAAGAAUGUCCUGUCUACCUGGAAUUUGAUUUGGUUACUUAUAACAGUAUGCACCAAAUGAAACAUCAUCUCCAAGACUCUCUUCAGCAGCUCAAUGGAGAUGUUUUCAUUGGCCAUGCUCUGCAGUGGACAAUUGACAAUGUUUUUAUAGGAACCCCCAACCUGAGAAAAAACAAAGUUAUCUUUGUUAUAUCUGCUGGUGAAACCAAUCCUUUAGACAAGGAAGUCUUAAGAAAUGUAUCUCUGAGAGCCAAGUGUCAAGGAUACUCCAUAUUUGUGUUUUCCUUUGGUCCUCUACACAAUGACAAGGAAUUAGAACAAUUAGCCAGCCAACCACUGGACCAUCACUUAGUCCAGCUUGGCCGAACCCACAAGCCAGAUAUGAACUAUAUCAUCAAAUUUGUCAAGCCAUUUGUUCAUUCAGUCAGACGUGCCAUCAACAAAUAUCCCCCUGCAGAUCUGAGACCCAAGUGUGUUGACAUCACCUCUCCCAACCCAGAGAAUGAUGACACAGAAAACACUGUAUUCCUUCUUCCUGAGGUAUAUGAAAUAGAGACGGAGAACAGCGAGCCAUGGGGUGGAUUCGGUUCCCAGCAGCAGCAUUUAUUUGAAUUAGGGGACAGUCAUGAUAAUGGUUCUGGGAUCAUUGAUGAUUUGAUCCAGAAGUUAAGCAUGUUCUUUUUAACUGAGGAACUGAUGAUGAAAGACGAGGAAGAGGCACAUUCAGAAGAAAUUACAGCUGCAGAAAAUGACAGACAAUAAGACAAGAAAGAUGGUGAGGACACAAGAAGUUCAUAGCAGAAAAGAACAUAGCUCCAUGGAUGUCUAAUUCCAUGUGGGUCUAGCCAGGACGUAUAAAUCAUGUAUUAGGGGUGGAGUGGUAAGUGGCAGGAAUUUUUCAUGAAGACAGUUAGCUAAUAAUAUGCCAAAUGUGUUCUGUUUCAAAUCUGAGGGAAAGACUUUUCUGAGUGAAGACAUCAAUGAGCAGACCCAAGAAACUAGGAAAGAUUUCAUUUCUCCUGAGAAUUGGGACAACUGACCUUGAAGAAUUAACUGAUUCUUUUCUUUGACAACUCUGUAUGAGGCAUCAACUGUGACGAUGUACCUGCCUAAAAAAUAUUUUUUGUCAUUAUUUUCAUCAUAUCUCAAACUGGACUCAAGUAAAAGCACUUAGAACUGGAAUUUCCUAAGAAUGUCUUCUGUCUGUUUAGAGAAAUAGAAACCCAUGCCCAUGUCUUCAUUUCUGGUAUGACCCUAAUGUUGCAUUUAGCACUGUAAAACCCAUCUGUCCAGCUGCUACCAAUAUAGUCAAUGCUUGUUCUUUUCAGGACAUUUACGAAACAAUAGAAUUUGUAAGAAAGAAAAAAGUAAGUUGAAGCUAAUUUUAUAAACUUCUGUUUUAUGCUAUGAUCAUGUUUAUGUUUUAGAAUGCUUUGUUCUGGGCAUACUUUAUUUUUGCUGAAAACAAGGCAAAAUAAAACACUAUGGAAAAGCAUGAAUACUCUAUCUAACCAGAAUUAUUAUUGAAAAUUAUAAUGUUAACAAGAGACAGGUUAUAAAAUGAAAGCAAGUCUGGCCUGGACACUUGUUCUGUUCAUUUUUACUUAACUCUAGUCUAACACAUACCCAUUGGAAUACCAGUACAGGAUUAAACAUAUUUGGAAAAUAUUUUUAUGAAUGUAAAAUAAGCCAAUAGUGAAUUCUGAAAAUUGCUCAAUUUGGUUAAGUAAUUACCAUGUCAAUGAAUACAUGUUGUUUAUUUUUAAAGUGAUCUGUGUUCAUGGAGUAAUACUAAAAGCAAUAUUAUACUUUUUCCACCUAAUUGUCCCUAAAUUACUCUUGUUGUUUGAAUAAUUUUUAAAUAAUCCAAUCAAUAAAUUCUAGGCCAUCAAAAA